CAUCUGUCAUCCAGGUGCAAUUCCUGGCUCCUGGAGCGUCCUGUCCUCCCUGCCGGAAAGCUGGGGCAAGCAGGAGUCACGGGGUCAAUUCCCAGAAUCCCAGGGUCAGGGAGGCUGGGGGCAGGGCCGGGCACUGGACAAACAGAUCAAAGGUGAGACCAUGAGGCUCCAGAUCCGGCCUGGUCAGCUGGAUGGGUGCACGAUGAGGCUGCUGCUGAUCUUCCUGGGCCUGCUGUGGGGCUCGGCAGCCGCACCCCAGGGCCCGCAGUGGCCCGAGCCCGUGUUCGGGCGCCUGGCAUCUCCUGGCUUCCCCGGGGAGUAUGGCAACAACCAGGACCAGCGCUGGACCCUGAGGGCUCCCCCCGGCUACCGCCUGGGCCUCUACUUCACCCAUUUCCACCUGGAGCUCUCCUACCUCUGCGAGUAUGACUUUGUCAAGCUGAGCUCAGGGACCAAGGUGCUGGCCACGCUGUGCGGGCAGGAGAGCACAGACACGGAGCGGGCCCCGGGCAACGACACUUUCUACUCGCCGGCCUCCAGCCUGGAUGUCACCUUCCACUCCGACUACUCCAACGAGAAGCCCUUCACGGGCUUUGAGGCCUUCUAUGCGGCAGAGGACAUCGACGAGUGCCAGGUGCCCCCAGGAGAGGCGCCUCCUUGCGACCACCACUGCCACAACCACCUGGGUGGCUUCUACUGCUCCUGCCGCGUGGGCUACGUUCUCCACCGCAACAAGCGCACGUGCUCAGCCCUGUGUUCAGGUCAGGUCUUCACCGGCCGGUCGGGGGUGCUCAGCAGCCCUGAAUACCCACAGCCGUACCCCAAACUGUCCAGUUGCUCCUACAGCAUCCACCUGGAGGAGGGGUUCAGCAUCAUCCUGGACUUCGUGGGGUCCUUCGACGUGGAGACGCACCCUGAAACCCUGUGCCCCUAUGACUCCCUCAAGAUUCAAACAGACAAAGAGGAAUAUGGCCCAUUUUGCGGGACGACGUUGCCCAGCAGGAUUGAAACAAAAAGCAACGCGGUGACCAUCACCUUUGUCACGGAUCAGUCGGGGGACCACACGGGCUGGAAGAUCCACUACACCAGCACAGCUCGGCCUUGCCCUGGUCCGGUGGCUCCACCUAAUGGCCGCCUCGCGCCUGUGCAAGCCCAGUACGUCCUGAAAGACCGCUUCGCCGUCUUCUGCGAGACUGGGUACGAGCUCCUGCAGGGUCGUCUGCCCCUCAGGUCAUUUGCUGCCGUGUGCCAGAAAGACGGAUCCUGGGACAAGCCGAUGCCGCAGUGCAGCAUUGUGGAUUGCGGCCCGCCGGAAGAUUUACCCAACGGCCAAGUGCAGUACGUCACAGGUCCUGAAGUGACCACAUACAAGGCGGAGAUUCAAUACCGCUGUAACGAGAUCUUCUACACGAUGAGAUCAGAGGAUGGUAAAUAUGUGUGUGGGGCUGAUGGAUUCUGGACGAGCUCCAAAGGAGAAAAAUCGCUCCCAGUCUGUGAGCCUGUUUGUGGAAUAUCAACUCGCACCGAAAGAGGGCGUAUAUAUGGAGGGCAAAACGCAAAGCUUGGCGACUUUCCCUGGCAAGUCCUAUUACUAGGUCGAACUACGGCAGCAGGCGCACUCCUACAGGACAACUGGAUCCUCACAGCUGCUCACGCUGUGUAUGAGCAAAAAGAAGAUGCCUCCUCCUUAGAGAUCAGAAUGGGUGCCCUGAAGAGACUGUCAGCUCAUUAUACACCAGCCUGGGCCGAGGCCAUUUUUAUACAUGAAGGCUAUACUCAUGAUGCUGGCUUUGAUAACGACAUAGCACUGAUUAAGUUGAAGAACAGAGUUGUAAUCAAUAGCAACAUCCUGCCUAUCUGUUUGCCACGAAAAGAAGCCGAAUCCUUCAUGAGGACAAAUGACAUUGGAACCGUGUCUGGAUGGGGAUUAACCCAAAGGGGUUUUCUUGCCAGAAGUCUAAUGUUUGUUGACAUUCCAACUGUCGAUCACCAGAAAUGUACUGCUGCGUAUGAAAAGCAGCCCUAUCCAGGGGGAAGGGUGACAGAAAACAUGCUUUGCGCUGGCUUAGAAGGCGGGGGCAAGGACAGCUGCAAAGGGGACAGUGGAGGGGCAUUAGUGUUUCUAGAUAACGAGACACAGACAUGGUUUGUGGGAGGAAUAGUGUCCUGGGGUUCCAUGAAUUGUGGGGAAGCAAACCAGUAUGGGGUCUACACAAAAGUUGUUAACUAUAUUCCCUGGAUCAAGAACAUAAUUAAUAACUUUUAACUCGUUGUGUCUUCAAUCAGAAAAGGAUUCUUUUUAGAAACCCCUUUAAAAGACCGUAGCAGCAACGUGACCCGAGAGACAUUAACAUGGCAGUUACUGCCCUACCGCCAAAACCAAAAGCAAACUUCGGGAAAGAAGGCCACCACAGGUGCCCCUCCCUUGCGGCUUCUCACCGCUUCCUGCCGGAUUCGAGGGGACACAGGCAAGGGAGAUCACCUGUGCCAAUCCCACAGAAAAUCACCAGUUAAAUCUGCAUUUCAUGACUUACAAAGUGCAGUAUCUGCACCAGAUAUCUGCAUUUCUAUAAACUGCCCGUUCAUGUUCUCUGACAACUCUUCCAUUGUCUGGGGACUUGUUCUUGAUCUCUAACAGAGCUUUAUAUAUUAUAGCAGUACUGGUUCAGGGAUAACCUAGAAUCGUGAUUUUGUAGAUAAAACGGAAACAUCAACACUUCAGGUUAGGUAUUGACUGAUUCCCAUGUGCAAAACCAAUGCCAUCAACUGGCGAGAUAUAAUUUUUCACUUACCCAACUGGCAGACAAGAAAAACACAGAACAGCACCAUUUCACAUUGUCAAAGACAACACAGGUUUUCUAAAGGACAACUUGGCAAUGUAUCUGAAAAGCCCUGAAAGCAUGCAGUCUUUGACCUAGUAACGCCAACGCUAAGACUUUAAUUCAGCUGUGAGGAUGUUCCCGGCACUUGGAAAUAAUAACCUAAAUAAUGUUCAAAUUCAGAAGACCGCUGAAUCAAAUGUGGCAAUUCCUUAAGAAGAACUACGACAUCAGAACUAAGUGGCCAUAGCAAAGGUAAGUCUGUAGUUUUUUAAUUCUCACAAUGAACACGAAAAUCCUUGGGCAUACCUAAAACAACAGAUCACAAAUCACAAGAGCUGAGUAUAGAACUCAUACACAAUGAAGAGCUCCUCUCCUGGCACUCAACAACAAAUUAUUCUAAUUAUCACAUACAUCUUUGGAAUUAUCAAGCGGUUAAGAUACUUUCCCUAAGGACACAAUUUAAGCUCACCUAACCUUAAAGAUCUCAGGUCAUUUCGGCUGGCUAUUCCUCCUUCAAGUUUUAAUAGCUAACACUUAACAGAGUUUCAUUCUAGCCAAAUAUUUACCACUCAUGUAAAAAUUCAUCUUGAGUUUCUGCCUGAUUCCUCUUGUGCAUAUUAAAGGGGAACUUCUUGAGACUUUUCCAAAGUAACUUUCCAUCACCUUUGUCACAUAUAAAAAAGAAAUUGAAUUUUUCCAGUAAGACUCCAGACACUAAACUGUGGUGGCAACAAAUUUUUUAUUCAACUGGUUCAAAAAAGUUUUAAGAAUGAAUGCAUUGAGAUGACCAAAUAAGACUUUUAAUUUUAAAAACAAAUCUUUGCCAAAUAGUUUUACUUCUAGACUUCAUUUCUUUCUUUCUUUUUUUUUAAUUUUAAGGGUAGAAUUAAAUACCCACAGCUACUAGUACCACAAACAUUGUUAACAGAAGGCUGCUACACAUUGAAAGCCUUCUAAGACCGGAAACUAGAUUCACAACAAGUGCAAGUAAGGGAUUAAAACCAUGCCAUUGACAAGUGAACUUACCCCUGGGCUCCUUGAAGGCUUGUCAGUUUAGUCUUUGGAGGUCCCCGAAUACCAUUUUAAGUGUUACCAAGUUACUGCUGCUGAGUAACAGUGCAAGUGCUAAAAUGCAAAAUUCAGAUGGUACAGGGUUUGGAAAUCAUGCAAUGGAGAUGCAGAAAAAAAUUAAAACAAUGCAAGAUCCUUUUACAGAGGAAACUGAGUAACGAAACAACGUGGCGAUCACAAGUCUAAAGGACGACUUCAUUUCUAAAAGCUUAAAACACGUAACUUGAAAAAUGACAAACCUAGUUAUCAUCAUCUAAUUAGAGAAGGGCAUCAGGUAAGCUACCGACACAAAAAUGUUAACAUUCUUCCAUCAGAAAACAAGCUCAACUCUCACAGCAGUUACAUAAAAAGUACAACAGAGAAUCAUAGAUUAUUGCUUUUACAUACUGCACAAUGCGCCGUGAGAGUCUAAUCUGAGUUUUCUGUCAACGAUUUCAUUCAACGUUACUCUAUUCCCCCACCUGUGGAGGACAAAGCCCAUUUCACUUAACACUUUCAGACAGACAUCCCACCCUGCUAGUUCUUAAAGCUAUCAGGCUUUGUAAUGGAUUUCAGGCACAAGAUAAAUUUGUGGUUUCUUCUACUUUAUCCCUACUGCAAUUAAUUCCACUUUUCAAAUCCCAAACUAGAAAGGUGCUGAAAUGCCCUCCUUUCCAACUGCUAUGCUUUGCUACAAAGCAUUUGAAAAUAAUCAACGUUGUUUUUCCCACUCCCCCCAAAUAAGAAUAUUUUUAGAAGGCAUGAUUCCCAAUGGAGAUUCAUACAGGCCAUGUAAAUAGAACAUCACCCAAAUGCACAGAGGCACUAAUAAAAAAACUGGAGGGUACUGCUUACCAUUUUAGGUGCGGUCACCCAGACUUAUUAAAAACUAGGUUUAAAAAGAAAAAAAAAAAA